AAAGUAAGCAGCGUUAACCCGUCCUUUUCGGCCCGGAAGUGAACUCCAAGCCAUUCAGAUCCCCUCUCUGUCUUUUUGCCCUCCUCCUCCGACCCCCCGGUUUCCUCUUUCCAUAACCCCGAGUCUUCUUCAUUUUUUCGCUUUGAUGUAGCUUUUGGAUUUGGUGGCUGCAACGAUGGGUGGCGGUGGCCAGUUGAUCUCUGUUUAUCCUGAAGAACUCACUUUCGAGUUUGAGCUGGACAGGCCUUCGUAUUGCAAUCUCAAGAUUGUUAACAAUACCGAACACCAUGUCGCUUUUAAGGUUAAAACGACGUCACCAAGGAAAUACUUUGUACGGCCAAACACAAGUGUGGUGCAACCUUGGGACUCAUCUACCAUAACAGUCACCCUCCAAGCGCAAAAUGAGUACCCACCUGACAUGCAAUGCAAGGACAAAUUUCUCCUCCAGAGCACCAAGGUGCCUCAGAGCACCGACAUGGACGAGCUCCCUCCAGAUACGUUUAAUAAAGAUGGUGAUAAGGUGAUAGAGGAAUUGAAGCUUAGGGUUGUUUACAUGGCUCCAUCACAAUCUAGCCAUGGGAACUCAGAAGAAGAUUCAGGCCUUACUUCAUCUAGAAGUUUGGAACAGUGUUCUGAUAAUCUCUCGAUGCUUAAGAAUUUGAGUAUUGAAGAGAUCCAAACAGUUCACCAUCUAAAGGAUGAAAGAGAUGCCAUUCUUCAACAGAAUCAACAAUUACAACGUGAACUGGACGUUCUGAAAAGGCGUAGAAACCGUAAAAGGGAUGCUGGCUUUUCGUUGACUUUUACUGCAUUUGCUGGGCUGGUGGGUUUGAUGGUUGGCUUCAUAUUAAAUCUCAUGUUUUCUUCAUCACCUACUGCGUAAACUUACAGGUUGUGAGCUUGAAAAUUUAUAAACCCUGUAAUGCUUGAAAAGGGAGUGAUACUAUUUCACUUUUCUUCGUAAACCACACUUUGUGGUCCGUUUCUCUCCAUUAGUUGGCCUAGAAAGAAGUUUGGUUGCAAGUGAUCUGGUCGAUGUGGCUUUGUCAUCAUUGUCUCUUCCAUUAUCCUUUUUAGUUUAAUGACUCGCAACAUGUAUUCUUUUGUUAUUUGCCUUGUAAUUAUGCUCAAAAUGACUUCAUCAUUGUAUAGCUUAUGCCAUGGUUAUUCAGUCUUUUCUUCUUUGUCUUUC